UAUCUAUCUAUCUUUUCUAAGUUCUUGAUUUGUUUGAAACAGAUAUAUGCUAUCACUUAUGUACUAUCGCGUUGUUUAGUGUCCGACAUUGGAUAAUAAAUAUUAGAAUUUUAGAUACGUUAAUUAAAAUAAGGCACAAAAUGGCUCCAGUGCCUUUAGAGGGUCAUCAAACUCCAGUUACCAACAAUAUACCGCAAGAAGGAAACCGCGGUGGUUCUAUUUCCCUUGGAAUGCUUAUUGAUUUUAUCAUACAACGCACUUAUCACGAACUUACAGUUUUAGCUGAAUUAUUACCUAGGAAAACGGACAUGGAACGUAAAAUAGAGAUAUAUAACUUCUCUGCUAGAACUAGACAAUUAUACGUACGAUUACUAGCAUUGGUUAAAUGGGCCAACAGUGCUUCUAAAGUUGACAAAUCUGCGCACAUAAUGGCCUUCUUGGAUAAACAAUCGCUACUUUUUGUCGAUACGGCCGAUAUGCUUGCACGAAUGGCUCGAGAAACAUUAGUACAUGCUAGGUUGCCUAAUUUCCACAUUCCUGCCGCGGUGGAAGUUUUGACAACUGGAACGUACAGUCGUUUGCCGGCAUGCAUAAGAGAAAGAAUUGUUCCUCCAGAUCCAAUCACGCCUGCGGAGAAAAGAAGUACGCUUCAGAGACUAAAUCAAGUCAUUCAACACAGAUUAGUAACUGGAAAUCUGCUUCCACAGAUGCGUAACUUGAAGAUCGAAGCAGGAAGAGUAACGUUUCUUGUGGAGCAGGAGUUUUCAGUGUCGCUUACGGUUAUGGGAGAUGGACCGACCGUACCCUGGAGAUUGCUUGAAUUGGAAAUUUUGGUUUCAGACAGAGAAACAGGAGACGGCAAAGCUUUAGUGCAUCCGUUGCAAACGCGCUACGUCCAUCAAGUGGUUCAAUCGAGGUUGGCAGAGAGUUCAAAUCCGUUAUCCGAAGUUUAUCACAUAUUGCAUUAUUUCUGUCAGUCCCUUCAACUGGAAGUACUUUAUUCCCAAACACUGCGAUUAAUAAGAGACAGGCUGGAUGAUCACAUUCACGUGGACGAAUAUACACCGGGGAAAUGUCUUUCUGUAUCGUACUGGAGAGAACUGACUAACAAAGAUCCUCGAUCGGAAUUGGGAUACAAGCUGACGGUACAGGUGGAUCAACACGAUCCAGCUAGAUCUCUUGCGAUAGUACACGUUCCAUCGUUAGGCAACAAGGAAAGUGAAAUAGCGGACAGAGCAAUCAGGUCCGACCAGUUAUCGAUGGAAUGUUUGUUAGUGCAUACAAUUUAUAUACGCACCAGAAGUAGGUUAUUAGAUUUAAAACAAGAGUUACAGACAAUGUUAAAAGACGUCGAGUGCACUUUGGCCGGAUCGCCUGCAAUUCUCUCCGUUCCAAUUUUGCAACCUUGUUUGAGAGCGGAACAUCUUCUAGUUACCGUCGAUACUCAUACAGGAAUGUUGCAAUGCCAUGUACCUCAGUACAAGGCACCUUUGGUUCCCGAAUUAACUGCUGCCUUAAACGGCGACCACUCACGUCUUUCAUCUUUGAUAUCGGAGCUCAGAUUUUGGAUAACGCAAAGAAGGUGUGAGAAAACGCUACAGCACCUUCCAGCGACUUCCCACGAACGUUUGCCGGUUCUCCAUCACCCGGAUCAUCCUAUGUCUAAAAUCAGUAGACACCGUAUGUUCGUUCAGCUCCAUCGUCAUCCUACUGUGAUCUUGAUAGUGGCGUUUAAAGAGAAGGAGACGUCGUCGUGCGAGAUCGAAUGCUCGUUUCAUCUCGCGGUGGUGAAGCACAGUUCCGUAGAGGACGAUCCACACGAUGACAGUAUCGAAACUGAAAUACCAAAAAUGUAUUUGAAAGUUCAGAGUCUGAUCGAAUUCGACACUUUUGUGAUAACCCAUGGUCCUUUUACCAGCGUCGAUAGCGAAGCUACAGAAGCAAGCAGCGUGAAACGCAGAAGCACCGGGCCCAGCGGGAGGACCGACACCAGCGCCACCUUGCAGAACAGAAGGUCCAAGCAGCCCGCGUACUUUAUUCCAGAGCUGGCGCACGUGGUUGCCCUUUGCGACGAAAGGAUACCUUUCGUAACGCUGGCGCAAGAAUUAACCAGAAGGGACAUAGCUCAUCAAGGGCUUCAAGUGGAAGCAAAUGCUACCGCAUUAGUUUUGAAACUGGUUCAGUUACCUAUGCCCUCUGGCGUUACAAAUUCCGACUGUGCGUGGUACGCGCUUCUUAAAAGAUUGCUGAGCGUUUCGAUCAGAGUCCAGGGUAAAGGUAUGGCCAAAACGUGGAUGGCCGAGUUCGUGUUUUACAGCAGCCCUCUAUCCAGCAGUCACCCAAAAGAACAAGGGCUACGCAGACCUGUAUAUUUCCAAUACGAAAUGGGAACAGCGGAUACCGUGUCACGCACGGUAGACGCGUUGCUCAACGAUUGGGCGCAAAUUGUACACCUCUAUUCCAUAAUACACGAUUUGGCAGAAUACUACAAGAUGGAAAAAUACAGUCUGCGUAAUAUGAUCAGCGUGAAGUCAUAUAACUAUAGUAAAUUAGUCUUAACUUAUGGUCCAAAUCGGGGAGCCACCGUUACCGUACAAUGGAACACGAUCGAUAAAACGUUCAAGUUAAUCUUUGGGAAAAGUCCAACGAGCACUACGAUUAACGCUCAUUCGAUAAUGAAGGAACAACUCGAGGCUCAUUUGAACAGACACAGAAAUCUAGCACAACUUACACACAUUCUUCACGAAACGUUUCAUCCUCUUACGUCGAUCAGUAAACUGCCAACUAUUCCACAGCUUUGCGUGUACAAUUCGCGACCUCAAGUACCGGUACAAACCUUUACCAUCAUGCCGCAAUGCGUGACUCUAGUUAGAAUUGCGUAUCAGGGUAUGUACUGUUUGGAACUACGUUUACGCGGAGGUGGUUUAGUGAGUUUGAGAGACGGAGCGUACAGUCGCUUCGAUAGAAGCUACGUCGUAGAUGAAUUUACCCCGACGCAAGGUCUUAAGGCAUUUUUGUCGAAAUACGUGGACGAGAGCGCGGUGUUCCGUAGAAGAUCUCAAUCGGAGGACGACAAUCCUCCAUCCCCUGUAACAAUGGACAGCGACGGUGGCAGCGGUAGUGGAAAUGUAGGUUUCCUGAGCCAUCAUAGAAGUGGACCACAAUCGCCUGCUCAACAAAGGGAUGGCUUGAGAUUUCAUCCACCCCUUACGCCACCUUCUGGCAGCAAUCCUCAUACUCCAGCCAGCCCACACACUACCAAUAUAUCGCAGACGAACCAACAUCAGAGCUUUGGAAGCAGCCCAGCCACUUCUUUCAAUCUGGCUUCGCCGCCGUCUCUUCCACCUAAUACACCUAACAUGCUGCCACAUCCUUCGCCGAGUUCCGGUUUGGUUGCCAAUAGCCCUCUGAAUCCAAUGCACGUUCCUAGCCCGGCUGGCCUGAUGCCCACUUCAUCGCCUGGUCCUUGCAGCAAUGUUCAAGUGGGGCACUCGCCUGCAGGAUCUUUUAUGCAGACAGGGCACAUAGACGGGAGCCCGUUCCCGUCUUCGCAGAGUAUGGCUUCACCAGCGGCAUCUAAUUGGCCAGGAUCCCCCAAUGUACCUAGACCAUCUCCAGCACGUCCAGCACAGAGUCCAGGACACGCUGCUCUACACAGCCCUCAAGCUUCCGAUCACAAGGCAGGAACACACAUUUCAAGAGUGCUUCCACAACGUUCCUGGGCGGGUGCUGUACCCACGCUGCUUACCCACGAAGCUUUGGAACUGCUUUGUUGCCCCUCCCCGCACCCUUCCGGUCUCUCCGGACCAGAUCUUUCUCCGUUGGAAAGAUUCUUAGGGUGCAUCUAUCUACGUAGACAAUUUCAACGAUUCAUACAAACCGAUGAUUGCCUAACUGCGAUCAACAGUACCGAGCCAGGAGUUGUGCAAUUUAAGGUAGAAAGCUUGCAGUGCCGAGUUGGUUUAAAUCCACAGCAUUUGCAGUCUCUUCAUAUAAAAGUACAACCUCUUCCCGAGCAUAAGGAUCAAUGGACGCUCGAGGAGUUACAAAUUAUAGAGAAAUUCUUUGACACGAAAGCAGCAGCUCCGCCGUACAAACCAAACACGCUCUCCGGUUUUGGCAGGAUGUUGAAUGUUCCUUUUAACGUCCUGAAAGAUUUCGUACAAAUUAUGAGAUUAGAACUAGUACCUGGGUUAGUGCAGCAUCAGACACUUAAGUGGAAUGUACAAUGGUGUUUGAGGAUUCCUCCUUCCGGCACUCCGAUCGUACCCACUGGCAUGGCGGCCGUGCUUGUGUGCAGAAAUAAAAUUCUUUUUUUCUUGCAAAUAACGAGGAUCGGAUUACCAUAUCAGGGGGAGACACCCUCUCUGGUUUUACCAUUAGUUUACGACGUUAGCACAAAUUUAACGCAAUUGGCGGAGAAACGUGAUCCUAGUCCAGCAUCCGCGAUGGCCGCCGCAUCCCUUCAAUUAAAGAGAUUUGCCGAGUACAGUGCAAAUCAAUCCGAGUGUUCACUUUUCCCUGCUGUUCUAGAUUUGUUAUCUAAUUUGACUCUACCGUCAGAGCCACCGGUUAUGCCUCAGGUGGUUCCGUCGCCAGCUAGCGGACAGGUAACGCCGACACAGCAAAUUCAAAGCCCCGCGAUGCAGUUACAUUCUCCUAUGGCUGGAAACCAGGGCCCCGCGCAAGGCCCAUACGGGAUCCAAAGUAUGCCACAGAUGGGAAUAAUGGGUGGACCGCCUCAAUAGGAUAUGCUUUACUCUCCGAAUCCCCUCUGUUUGUCAACUCCGUCGACCUGGAUCAACUGAGUCGCAUCGCAACGUCCAUUUUAUAUCUCUUUGUUUAUUCAAUGGACCGUUCUGGGGAAUUUCAGGAGAGUCGUCUUGUAAAAAUGUUUGCUUUGCAAAGAAAUCUAGCUAUGAACAUUACGUCUGUAAAAACUUCAAACUAAAAUUUUGUUUAUACAAAUUUGUACACAUCACAGAAACAGUGUUAUACGAUAAUUUAAGAAUAG